AUGGAGGACCAUCCAGCAAAAAAUUUAACCAGCGUCGCACACAACCAAAUGGUAAUAUCCUUCAAAGCAUCUCGCAUUUCGCAGGACACCCACCGAGUCUAAGGAUGCGCAACAUAUUAGUCUUGCGUCAACCUUGCGUCAAACGCAGUUUAUAGAGUUUAACCAAUAAACUGGUGGAUUUUAACUUUCCUUAUUGUCUUGAUAUCAAACAUAAUACAGAAAAAAAGUUACUUUUGUUAUUUUUUCAAACCGUCUCAAUUUUCGGGCAAAUGACCACGAGACCUCACGUUAUUUUCUGUGAAGUUUUUUACACUGAAAAAUGUUAUGGGCGAUAAGCCUUCUCUGUGUUCCAAACCAGUCGAUAUCAUCUUCCUGAAGUUAUCACUACUGACCCAUUUUUCUUCGGUUAAGUUAAGCUAUCGAGCCAGGCUUGAGAUGGCGUUGCAUGGCUCAUUUAUACUUGAAGCGUUGCAUAAUGGAGACAACUAGAGUAAAGCCCCGUGCAAACGGACGCAACAUUGUUGGCCAACAACUCCCAACAUAACCUGAGAUCAGGCCCAAUUUUAGCGGUUCUCAUACAUUCUCUCGAACGGCUACCGCUAAAAUUGGUUUUCGUUUCGCCUUACCCGCCGGAAUAUGUUACAAAGCGAAACGAAAAUUGAGCCUGAUCUCAGGUUACUCCGAACACUGUUGGAUGUUACAUGUUGGGACCGCUUGCACACCUUGUUGCAUGUUGCUGCGUGUUGUUGCGUGCUGUUGGGCAAAGUUUGAAACCGGUCAAACCUUUAAGCCAACAACUCCCAAAAUUUCUUUUGAUCCGUGAGCGCCGAAGGUGGUGCAACAAUGUUGGAUCCGUUUGCACAGCUCUUCCAACAUUGGUGGGGCCACGCACUCGCAUUAUACAUGAUCUCAAAGUCUUAUGGGUUGUAUCCUUCGCACGAUGCACUGCAGGUCCUCAACAUUGUUGACAGUUAAUGUUGCGUCCGUUUGCGCCAAGCUCAAUUUUGCACGAAGCGAUUCGGUCGGGUCAAAGUUGUCCCGAAGAAAUACAAAAUGAAAAGCACUUUUAGUACUAUAGCGCCGAAAUGCUUGCCCCUCUCCUUUUAUUUUACUAAUGAAAUGUAGAGAGCAAAUAAAAUAAAAACUACGUAAGGAAUACGAACUGAAGAAGGAAAAUAUCAAGUUAAAAUUGAGUUUCAACAAGUUUUUGCUGUAAAUUAUAUUUUCAGUCUCUAUCAAAAUGUUAAAGCUGCAAAUUCUAUCAUUCGAUCCUCAGUGCCAAGAUCUACCUGCAAGUCAUAGGAAAAAUCAUAGACCAAACAUUUUUUCUUGAAAAUGAAUUGCUUACGAAAUAAAGAACUGAAUGCAAAUCAUGUUCAGUUUAAAACGCGAUAUUAUGGCAAAAGCAUAUCAUUUUCAUUACACAAAAGUAAGAGAGAUAAUUUACAACCUAAUGCCAAUUAAAAAUGACCGUAUUAGCUAAAGAAAAACGUCGAGUAUCUAAGAAGCGUAUAAUUCUUAAGAAGACGAUGCUAAUGCACUUUCAUUCUGAACUUUCAGUUCUCACCGACCAUGUUUUGAACGCUUUGUCUUAUUCCAUAUUUGGUGAUAUCACCUGCCGGCUGUGAAUUGCUUUCAACGACGCAGCCAGCGACGUAGCUCGCCGCUUUCAGGAAAAAUACUAUAAUUAUAUAUUUUUUUUAAUGAACAACACUUGAAAACCUGAUUGGCCUCGAAUAAUCGCAAAUCCUCGCUGACUCACUUCCGUUCCUUUGUUAUUUUUCCUUUCAAGCUGAAAUCAUGAACACUAUUUUGGAAGAGUCUGUUCAUUUAUAACUCUCUCGAGUGUCUCGGCACCAACGAAAUUUUGGGUAAAUAUUAUUUCUCGCGGUGGUUUAAAGCCAGCACACCGAAUAAUAUCGGACGUUGAUUAUCGCUGAAUCAUGCUGGGCUAUAUUCGCCUGACCGACCAAGGGAAAAAUCUAUAGCAAUUUAAUCCCAGUCCGAAUUUUAAUCAGCAGGUUAUAGUACGAACCGGCUGUGGUUUGAUUGUCGUAACUGCAAGGAAGGAUUAAAAAAACUACCGCCAUCCUCAUUUUUAAAUUUCUCGAAGUAGUUUUGCAAAUUACACUCAACAAAGGAUCUCUAUCGUGCGCAGCUAUCCCUUGCAUUUAUUUUUUCAUUGAUAUUCGCGAUCGGAAUUGGGAACCUGAAUCAUCAACGGCGUCAUGGAAUUUUACGAGAGUGGCUAAACGUGAGGUAAGUGAAACGUUAGCGUUAAUCGCAUUUAAUGACAUCAAAACCUGCAGGAAUAUUGGCGCUAAAGGCAACAAAUUUACGAAUUUUAGCGGUACAAUAACAUAAGCGUUGAUUUAUUUCUUAAAUGUGGACAUUUCGGCAAAAAUUAAUUUAAUGCUAAAAGAAUACGAAUGCAAAAUGGCGCAAGGAUGAAAAAAACUUAUAAGGCGAAAAUUUAAAUACGCUAUAAUGAAAGUAAAAUUCAAAUUAUUAGUGUUGAAUUAUAAAUGUGUUAUUUCUCUACAAACGCUAAAUUUAGUUUAUUAGAAAUACACGAAGACGAUGAAUGAGAUAAAUUGAUAAUUAGACUGUAGCGAAACGCAACAGGAAGCUAUCUUUAACUAAAAAAAUCAUCUUGUUUUCACCUCAACCAUUUAUUAAAAUUUUUGCCACGAUGUCGCGCAGAUUUGAGUAUGAAGUUUAGUGAUAAAUAGGUUGAUAUGUUUCUCCGAAUGAUUUUACGAAAGCAAGAUAUAACUGCCUUCCUUAAACAAUGUGUUAAAGAAAAAUACUAGUUAUUUCUAGAGGACAAAGAGCCUUAAAUUUGUUCUGGAGUUGUAGAGUUAACUCGCGGAUCGCGAAGUUUUAUUCAUUAUCAAUUGUUUCAGUUACAUCUUCUUCAUGUUAUUUACAAUUUUGCGGUACUGAAUAAAUUUUUGUUAUUUUGCUAUUAAAUUGACAACAAGAGAGGCUUAGUUAACUUUGGAAGUGAGUGGAGUAGUUACAAAAUAAUAACUUUCUUUCGCUGUUCAGUUAAAUUAAGGACGCAACAAACAUAGUAUAUAUUUAGCACAAAAAACAUUGAAAAAAUAAUAAUAUGCGGUUGUGCUUGUUAAUUUCGAUGGUCCAUUAUUAAAAAAAAACACCCUUAUGUGCGUUGACUGUUAACAAAUACAAAGUGCUCGAGAAGGGCUCAAUUCACACAUGUAUUCUUAACAUAUCGUUGCAAACUCUAAACUGCAUUUUCAUUUGGGAAGACCGUAAAUUAUGGGGCUGAUAACUUUUUUUUUCAAACUUUCUACUUCUAUGAAUGUUUGUGUAAUAUAAUAAAAGCAGUCCUACGUUAAGUCUUUCUUUCACAGACUGAAAAUUAAAGACUAUUUCAUUGCAAGGUUAUUGUAGCCCGCAUUGCAGCCGGCCCCCGCAUCUUCUAGACAAUUUAUAUAUAGCAGGUUUAGAGUGUUUGCGAAGCAGGCAAGGUUAUUGUGACAAUUAAAAUUGCCUAUUGACAGUUGACCUUCGGUGCGGUCGCCUCUAUUUUUAUCCCUUUUCUCCGGUAAGUGACGCUCAGAUGGAUACCUGGUCACAUGGGCCGGCACAAGUUCCCUAAAGGGUAUCGGGUAUAAUGUGAAUAAAUGCCACCCCAAGUCGUAGGCCCACACGGCUACAAAAGCUUACAAAAACAACUCAAUAAGAAGAAGAGGCAUAAACAAAUCCCUAUUUGCAAAGAAAUAUUUCCUAUAAGCGUCAAAUGUCGAUCAGCAUCACACGCACAUCAGAUGCACGAUUCUCAUGACAGCCAUCACAAAGUGACCUUUACAUGUAAUAGCAGAAGUAGUUAUAAUUAAAGCCACCUAUAUGUCACCCCAUUUGCUAUAUUUUGAAAAAAGCUAAAAACUUGUCUUCGCGUCGAUGAAUUCGAAAAAUAAUGGUCCUGGUUUGUCACUUAAGAAUUUAUUUUAAGCAUUGAAUUCUGUUUCCCGUUGUCUGUUGCGAUGGAUGGCAAAGAUGGACAUGGAUCGAAACACUUUUUCAAGUUUUAAUGCUAUGCCUGCAAAAAUCACUUAAACAGUUAUUGUGGUUUAUAGUGCUCCUUAAAGAAAUUUUUUUGAGUAAUUCUACCGGCCGGGAGCAUUUUGUACAUGUCAAAGGGCACUAAGCAUGCAAUGACUUCAACACAGAUAUGACCUAAAACAGCGAUAUCCUUUGCCUGGGUCGCAGACACUCGUAACCUUCUGUAUAGACUACACUAUACAGGGGCAUCCAACGACAGUCUGCUCGGAGAAGCAAAACUUGUCUAUAAUUUGCUGUACCUUGAGGAAGGCUAAAGAUUUUCCAGAUGACCGUUCCAUUCAUCUACAAUUUUCUAAGCUUAUCUAAUAAAUUCCCUACGAUUUUCUGAAGUUUAAUUUGUUCGCAUUUCAUCCCCUGGAUUAAGCUUUUUUCUUUUGCGGAAAAAGGAAACCUAAAAUUUCCGCAUUCGAAAAUGCGAUGGAAAGAGGAAUCAGGAAAAGUCUCACUUUCCUAAAACUUUAAAUUGCAUCUAAAAUUUUCGGGAAAAUAAUACUGAAGUCCUGGUAAUUUCGAAAAGACUUAUUAAGUUGCCCUAGGGCGACCGAACAGAUAUAAAUUUUAUGGCGUCGAUUAGAACGUAUUUCUAUAAAGCUGGAUAGCUUAAAAAGUGUUUUCAAUGCAUUUAGGAGGAAAACAUCGUUGGGUGCCCUUGACUAUACUAAUGGUUUAGAUAAUGAGUGAGCCGACUGCUACGGAGGCUACGAUAUCCUGCGGAAGUAGACGCUUAAAAUAGCAGAAGCAGUUGUAAUUGACUAAAGUUAAAGAUGGAGUAAAAUGAACCCAUUAACAAACUACUGACAAACUGGUUUUGGACGAGUCAAACUAGUUUUAGUGAGUUCAAUCCUAUGGACAUUACUGCCCGACCUGAGUUAUGACGAUUGUGUUGUUCGUAAGAAUACGACAUGCAGUAUAAAAAAUGAAAAGUUUUAUUCAUUUUUUCUUCCCUUAAGGUUGCUAUGGCAAAUGAGACAACUAUCUCGCCGACAACUGAAGCAAAAGGUGAUAUUAUAUGUAUGAGUAUACACAUGAAGUCACUAAAACUCGUAAGCAUGAAUAAAUGAAUAUUUAGAGCCCUGUUAAAAUACAUGUCUUGAAACAGCGACAUAAAGGUGAUGUUACACGAAACGAUUCGCAACGACGAUUUUUAGCGCAACACUGGGUUCAAAUGUUGGAGUGCAGCCUUUCGAAACGAUGUCACUGGAACAAUGUUGUAAUGUGUUGCGCUAAAAAUCGUCGUUGCAAAAUCGUCCCGUGUAACAUCACCUUAAAACAGAUGGAAUAGCAACAAACAACAUGUAGGUGGGUUGAAAAUGCGACAGCGGCGAGGACAAUAGCAAAUAUAAUGAGUGAGAUACCGACAGGAACAUGGCCUCCUCCUCGUUACGCGAAACGACCCGCACGCGCGGUUUUGAAAUUUAGCCUAAGGACAUACGUACUUCCCUAAGAGGGCCUGGGUUUAGAGCAGGAUCAGGACGAAAACCAAGCCAUUUGUGAUCAAGACAUCUUUCAUGUUAAUAUCCAGUGGCGGAUCUGGGGGAGCGGCCAGGGGUGCCCCCCCCCCCCCAUAUUUUUAAACUAAACGGAGGCCCGAAGGGCCCGAAAAAUGUUUUUUUGAGACCGGGCAUCCCCCUUAUCUUAGGGUCUGGAUGAUCGCCCCGCCACCCUUAUCUGAAUGUCUCGAUCCGCCACUGAUAUCAAUAGAAAUCUUUUGCAAAUUGCACCGUUUUUUCCAGUGCGAGUUGUUCGAAUUAUUUCAUCAUUUUUUAGCUUUCGGUAAGUAUACUAUCCCGCGAUGCAGCACAACUUUUAUACCUUGCAAUUAAAUUACUACUAACACCCUUACUUAAAUGCGCAUUUUUUUCAAAGUUAAAAACCCGUGCAGUUUGUCCAUGGUAGAGGAUUUACGGUGUAACGAAAUUUUGCAAAGUUCAAGGAGUGACAGCUGCCACCAAAUAGAAAGAUAAAAAUAACGACUCAAAAUAAACAUUAAAAGAAGUUAUGGAUGUACAAACUUAAGGAAAUUAAAACGGAUUACGAUUUUGAUUUUUGAAAACUUCUUGGCCUACAGUUUUUUUUUUCAAGGUUCAUUUUCGAAGCUGUGAAAUUUGACUGUUAAAAGUACAUUCCCGGCACUAAUGUCAAGAUCCGUAGCGAAAAAAAGUCGAGUUAUAGGUAAUAUUAACCCAAUGAACUAGCGGAGCCUAUUCAUGUACUAAUUAAAAAUACAUCUUGCCUUUUUAUUGACAGAUAUUCCAUACGGUAUUGUCUUGGUAUGGUGCAUCGCUGGUGUUCUUGUCAUUAUCUUGGUCAUAGUUGCUGUUUACUACAGCUAUGUCAUCUGCUGUCAAAAGAAGAGAGGCAAUCAAAGGUAUCUUUUUAAAAUCAUAAACAAUGCGCUAAAAUUUUGGUAUUUGAAUUACGCGACGCGAGCAAGUGGAAGGCACUGUAUACCACGUGAACGAUCGAUGGUCACUUGAUAAAAGUGCCAAUUCAACAAUACACUGGGAAAAUUUUCUACAGACAACUGCGGUCGCGUGGAUUAUACUACACUGCUUUAAAACAACAUGUGUGAGGAGGAAGACGUGGAUUCGUUCUUUCUUUUUGUUGUUUGUACCAUUUGAAAUGUGGACAAAAAGCUGCAACUUUAUCAUUUACAAAUAACGUUUUCCCUAAAGUUAAGUCUUAUAGCGAAUAAAAAGCAUUACUGCCAAUACUAACAGCCGUAAAAAUAGCCCCUUUGAUAAGAAAUUGGCAAAACCUCCGACAUCCGAUGACAAUGAUGAUCGUUUGAUAGUAUCUGGGGGUGUCAUUAUAAAGAGUUUUUAUUGAUGUUGUUGUUCACGUCGUUGUCCCCUGGCUGGCAUCGAUGAUGAUGAUGAUGAUGAUAAUGGCGAUGAUAAUAAUAAAGUUGUUGUUGGUUAUAAUGAAGAUGUCCAGAUGACGUAAUAAUGGUUAUGAUGAUAAUCAUGAUGACAAUGUUGACGAUGACCAUGACAAUGACACAUCGCGGUAUAAAACAGAGAACAAUCACCUUUAGCACCAUGAAAUAAGUGACGUUUAUUUAUACAAAAAAAUGUUGUUGUUUUUUUUAUUUCAGACCUUACCCGCAGCAAAAUCAUCCAAAAUAUCUCAUAGAAGACUAUCCAAAAGGAUUCAUCGACUAUCUACAUAACGGCAAUAUCAAUUCAAGAGCCAUGUUUUCUCCAUCAUUUGUCGAUCACAUGCGAAUUCCUCGAGCAAUGGAAGUUAAAAUAAUCGAUACAGUGAAUAGUUUGAAUGAAUCGCACUCUCAACCUCCCUACAGUCCGACAAACCAUACGCCAACACGGGGUAUGAACGAACUUCUUAACCCUGACAUGUUUUCUUUUCCUAACGAAAGAAUAACGCCGGCUUUACCUGAGCAGGAACGAAUGCCGCCUUCCAGACAGCAAUCGUUUAGAUACUCAAACAUGAGUGUUGAAGAAUCGAAGGAAAGGAUUUAUAAAGAGAAAAUGCUUGUUUCUGAGCUUCGGGAGAAAUUACAAAACCAAAGAAAGGUUGACGAGCGAAAUUGA